GUGCUUACUUUAUAGUUUGACGUAUGGCGGGGUAUUGAAACCCGUUGAUUUCGUUGUUGGGCGCCAUGGUGACACAGGGGCGGGUCUCUGCACUCAUUAGUAUUAGUUUAGCGGUUUUCAUGGCAACGGAGCCCAGCGAGACCCCGCCUGCGAGGCUUUUUAGUCCAAGGUACAACUUAUUGCAUCUUUGUUGUCGGAAAAUAUUUUGUGUUCAGGAUCAACGUAGGCCCUUUGCUCGUUCGUUGUUCAGCAAGUCCUUCCGGACUCGGACUCGGAUUUGGAGUUGUGAAGCGGUAAGGUUGAACGCUUGGAGAUGAACAUACUGAGCUACGUUCAAAGACUUCCUCUGCACGGAUGGGUCCACAAGAGCCAGCCUGCAGCAUUUCCCUCCGUCACAGUUGAGUCGCAAUAAGAUGAGAAGUGAAUGGAGACGGUAAAAAACACAAAAGCAGGGGUUCUGUCUUGGACUCCGGCUCCAGCCUGCAUCUCACCCACCAGCUCUGAAACGUCUGAGGAUGAAUGGGAGGAGGGGGAAGAACAAGAUCAUGACUUUUGUAGCCAGAUGGAUGAGAAUGGCAUCAUUGGAUUGCCACCGGUGGACGAGACACAGAAACAUGACGACGAUACAGAAUGUAAUCAAGCCUCAUCUCCUGCAUCCCCCAUCCAAGAGGGUCUUGGUGGCUGUGAGGUACAGGAUAUGCCACCUGAGGAGCUAAGUUUCAUCCUAAAUGAACAUCUGGAUGAUGUUGAUGUAUUGUCAACCUUCUCUGAUGACAUUUGCAUCUUACGAGAACAAAGAUGUAAUGAAGACAUGGCAAAUGAAAUGAAGAUGCCAAGAGAAGGAAAGAAGACGUACUUGGACAUGGCUCAGGGGGAGAGAGAUGGAGCAAAAGGUGAGUGGGGUUUGCGAAAUGGACCAGUCAACAAUAGCAAAGAAGAGUCAGAGAUCAUCAGUGAGUGCCAAUUCUUUGACUCUCCACCCUUGAUAGUAGAAGCUGACGGAGACUGCAAACCUCAAUGUCCAACAUACCAGGCUUCGUCUCGUCCCACCCUCCCCAUUUUCACUCACCUGUGCCAUUUUACUUCUGAGGAAAUGGCUACUGCUCCAGGGAUCACUCAUGAAACUGUUCCAGAUCUGGCAUUUACAGACAGUCCUCGAGACUCAAACAGCCUCAUUAGCUAUGAAUCCAGUCUUCACCGUCAACAAAACUCUGAAAACGAAGAACAAGAACUAGAAGUCGAUGCUAUAUCUCCUCAACCACCUAUGUCUAAUCGUCAGAGUAAUGUUAGUCAUGAAUGUUCCAAGACUGCUCCUAAAAAUUCCUAUCACUCACCGGCGGGAAGGUCACACCCCUGUCAUGAUGCUGUACCUUCAAGGACAAGUUCUCAUAACAAACCAAAGGAAGACUGCUGUCACACUCCCAGAAGACCUAAGGAAUCAAGAAAAGGCUUGCCAAGUCACUGGAUACCAGAUUUAUCCAAGGUAAAGCCAAGGGUCUCUUUCCCUAAAGGGGAUUACAAGCCUCCCAAGAGCAGAUGGUCUUCCAAGAAUCCUCCAAAGUCGCUGACACCGGAGGCUCCUGUUGUCUUUAAAUCUCCUGCUGACAUUGUGAAAGAAGUUCUGCUGAACAAAACUGACGGACCUCAGCCCCCAUUACAGUUGAAUAAAGCAACAUCAGUUGAUGGCCCUAACGGCACCGUGCCUCAGGAGUUCCGAUGCCAGCAGAAGGCCGGUAUCCUGCUCGAUCAGCUCCAGGAGGACCAUGGCAAACUGCUGACUAAGUAUGCUGAGGCAGCGAACACAAUUGACCGCCUGCGGUUGGAAGCCAAGGUUAACCUGUAUUCUGAACAACCAAAGCCUGCUCACGUUAUGCCGUUUGGACUGCAUGUUGAGCCUUCAAAGUUCAUGCGACUCGACUUCCCUCAGGCUCAGAAAGCACAGCCCAACUCAGUUUCUCCUCAGCCAAGUGGACCCACCACACACAUAAGAACUUCCUCGGAUCUCUGUUUAUCUGCCUCCAUUCCAAAGAGCUCCGAGUGCCAAGGCAGUCAGAAGGUGGCAACUACACUCUAUGCACGGGCCGACAAGUUCCUGCAUCAGCUACAAGAUUUUGAGGACUUGCUGAAGAACAAAACGCCUUUCCAACUGGUGAAGGGCCUUGCACAACUGUAUCAAGGACUGGACUCUUUGGAAAAGGGCUACCUGUCAGCCAAGAAAGAACACAAAGUCCUUCAGCAGCCAGGGGCAGAGCACAGCCACUUCGACCCAAAGCGAGAGCUGGAGGAGUUCAUUUACCAGUGUGGGCGGCAUAUGGAUGAGCUGAGAGAGAGGGUGGAUCAGAGGACCCUUGAUGUUGAUUCUGCUCAUUCUCUUUGUCUUCAAGGCCAAAAGUCAUCUCCAUCCGAUGAUUCUCACUCAGAGCGUCAACACACACCUUUGCCGCUUGAUCCAGUCGAGGUGACCAAGAAGAAAGCGGCCGUCCUCAACCGAAAUUCUUGCGACUUCAAGGAAACGUGUGCUGAACAAGCCACAGGCGUGAAUCAGAGUUCGACCGUGGGCAUCACUCCUGCUCCGAAUAUCAGGAGGAGGAAGGAAGUUAGCAAGUCCUACAGCAGCAGUCAGAGCAGUCUGGCAGAAAUAUGGACAUCAGAGAAGAGCCGCGCCAAACCUCUAACUAGUAUUAGGAGAGUGCUUUCUCAGUAUUGCGUCGGGCAGGACGGGAUAGUUUCUCCAGGAACGGACAGCGGUUUUGUUGGUUCCGAGGACAGCCAUCAGAUUUGGGCCGCAGCUCCCGGCUCGAAGAGUCUUCAAAGACCUGCGGAAGCAAGCUUAGCGGAGCCUCAGACAAGCCAAACCUCACCACAAACUCGUGACUCCUUACAAUCGUACAACAGGCGUACAACAAUGGAGCCCAGCGAAUAUUUCCAACAAGCGGGGAGGAGAUCUAGUCAGGGGGAGGGCAAACAAAGGCAGACAGACUCAAUCAGGACUGACAGUGAAACUACCCGUAUUGUGUCAGAAGACAUACAAAGUGACCAGUAUGAAGAAACCCUCCCCUGUUCCUCCCCAAGCUCCUCCUCCGCCGCUGUGCGACAUCACCAUGGCGACUCUCUAAAGUCCAGUCAGUCGAUGACUUGCAAUGAUCAAAGUCAGGCCAUCAAGGCCUUCAGGCCAAAGGACAUAAAGGAAAGUCCAUUGAUGAAGCCUAAAGAGCCUUCUACUGUAACUCAUUCUGCUAAAGGCAAAUUGGCUCGCCACAGAACUUCAUCUCUUCUCAGGUCUGGAGAGCAACCGCUCGAUAUCGGUGGAAGCAACAGAAAGAAAUGGACAAUGGAUGGGGACGAGGUGGAGAAGGCGGUGAGACGCGCAGCCAGGAAAAGACCGACACACAAAAAACAAACACAGCCUGACACAUCAACUGCAACAGAGGAUGACAAUUCUGCUCGGCGACUUCUGGUGACAAGAUCUACUCAAACGUCUCUUGCAGCAGCUGACAGUCAACCUGCACACUCAAGUGCUCAAGUCCAGCGCAUGAAGAGGGAUCAUGGCGAGUGUGCAAAUGACGACGGCAAGACGAGUGGAGUUCCUCCUUGUUCUCAGUGUUUGUCACGUCACAAAUGCUCUUCCGAAAAGCGAGACGCAUCCCGGUUGUGUUCCUGUCAUUGUCAUCGCUGUCAUCGCUGUGGACAUUCUGAUGCCAAGACCAGCAAUGAGCAAGACUGUUGCAGAGACUCAAACGCACCCAGGAUCUCCAGCUGCAAACCAGAGUCUCCCAGCAGAGCGCCAUUGUGUCCUACGCCAUUGCUCCUUUAUCUCCAACCUCGACCCGUCCACGUGUGCACCAACAAGACAGGCUCUCCUUCUAAGGUCAGCAGUAGCAAGGAGGAAGAUAGGUCGCGACCCUCGCCUCGCGUUGUUUCGCAACGCCGUCUUGACGACGCCCUCCAAGCUGCGCGGAAGGUGAAGGUCAGGUCAAAGCGCAUGGUGCGUUCUUUGACCGCAGACCUGCGCUCUCUGGAGCGACUGUCCAAGUCCUGCUCCAACUCCAACUCGGACUAACUGACAGCGCAUCUGCAAACACCUGCCGCUUGUUUUGCAGGAUUGUUUGAAGUUCUAUCGUAAGGCAACUUUUGUUUGUCUAUGACGGCCAAAUAGCCAGCGAUGCGCACUCAAUUCAAAUGCGUCAUGCGCAUUUCCCCAUCUGAGUGAAGCGAGGGAAGAGGUGCGGAUGUUUAUUUGCCAGCCGCACUACCACAAUAACAAUACUGUUUCCCCCUCACCCCCGCAUUCAUAGAGCUGCGCUAUAGAAAACCGCCAGCGCUCCUGUGAGGGAGAACAAAUGUACCAAUGACAAGACAUUCUUUCUCCGAGGUGUUUUUGCGGGCGACCUUCCCAUGUGGCAGGCACAAGCUUGCAGCUGAACUCAACUGAAUUGAGAAAGUGAUUCCAUUCAGUACGCAAACAAUUUGUGACGCUCAAGAGACGGACGGGAAGGCAAAUUCAAAUAUGCAGUAAGUUCAAAGUUGAACACAAACGAGUCACUGAUGUUUUAUAUAGUGGCUCCGGUGAAAGACGUUUCUCUGCACUUAAACUAGUCGGAGCACACCAGAACAACUAUGACAGACAACUUCAAAAUGACGACUCUGGGAUGCAAAACAAAUCUCACCAUUUGCCACCCAGCGUGGAAACAGGAGACUUCUGCUAUUUGAAGUCAUGCAAAUUGUAAAGAUCUGUAAAUAGGAACAAAGGUAAACAAUAAUAUUCAGCUGUGUGACUUUUAGAUAGACCUGUUCCCUUUUUUAAUUGUAAAGGUACCAUAAGUAACUUUGAACUCGCAUUCUAUUUCUGCACAUAAAACUCUGCCUUUGGUUACAUCAGGGCUAAUAAAUCCUAUUGUGAAUCA